AUGUCCGAUUUACCUCCCUUACCGUCCUACAACCUCACGCCAGUGAAGCCUCUUGUCCCCUUUAUCCCGGACGUCUGGCUUUCCUUGAUUCUUACUUUUGUUGCAUACUGGGCUGUUUCUAUGUUCUUCUACAUCAUUGAUGUCUAUGACCUAUUCCCGCAAUACCGACUGCACACUCCCGCCGAGAUCUUGAAUCGAAACCAUGUCUCGAGGUACGAAGUGGCGCGAGAUGUCAUCAUACAGCAGGUUAUUCAGACUAUUGUCGGGGUGUCGCUUGGACUCACAGAGCCACCGGAGAUGGUUGGAAAGGAGAGCUAUGACAUUGCGGCUUGGGCUACGAGAUUGAGGAUUGCACAGAGGGCUCUGCCGCAGCUCCUGGGUUUAGUCGGACUCAAUGCUACCGCAAUCUCCAAGAAUCUUGCAGGAUCGCAUCCAAUGUUGGCGGGAGCUCUAGCUGGUGGAAGAUACCCAGCCUUGAGUGUAGGAUUGGAUGUUGUUAGCGAGGCACCGGUUCCAGCUUUUGCAGCUUGGGAGAUUUUUACUGCUGCAGCCAUUUACUGGUACAUUGUGCCAAUCAUCCAAUUCGCAGCAGCCAUUAUCUUUGUCGAUACAUGGCAGUACUUCCUCCAUCGUGCCAUGCACAUGAACAAGUGGCUUUACACAACUUUCCACUCCAGACACCACCGCCUCUACGUUCCUUAUGCGUACGGAGCCCUCUACAAUCACCCAUUCGAAGGAUUCCUCCUCGAUACCCUCGGAGCAGGAAUCGCAUACAAGGUAGCUGGCAUGACUGUUCGGCAAGGAAUGUGUUUCUUCGUUGGAUCAACAUUCAAGACCGUGGAUGACCACUGCGGAUACGCACUUCCAUGGGAUCCAUUACAGCACCUCACAGGCAACAAUGCCGGAUACCACGAUAUCCACCACCAGAGCUGGGGCAUCAAGACCAACUUCUCGCAACCCUUCUUCACAUUCUGGGAUCGGAUAUUAGGCACGAUAUGGACCGGGGACACGACAGCGAAGUACGAGCGAUCGAAGAAAUCAGCGCAGUUCAAGAUGGAUGCGGAGAAGGUUCAAUCAUGA